UCAGUUAAUAGGUGAACAAUAGGACUACAUUUUCCCCACCAAAUUUAUGUGUUUUUUUAGGAAGGUUUGUAUAAAAGGUGACAAUCAUCUAGCAAAAGUAUCAUUCAACAAGUUCUUUGUGAAAGAUACAUCAGCAGCAAAAAUGGCUUUCAAAGUUUUGGUUCUCCUCGCUACUUUGGCUUAUGCCAAUGCUGGUUACCUGAGUGGAAUUGCUGCUCCACUUUCAUAUGCUGCUCCAGCUCUCACCUACCCAGCCCCAACUUAUACUGCUCCACUUUCAUACGCUACUCCAGCUCUCUCAUACGCAGCACCAGCUGUUGCCCAUGCUCCUAUCGUCACAAAGGCUCUUCCAGCUGCUACCUCAUACGCCUAUAACAACAAAAUUUCGAAAUCUGUAUACUCUGUUGCCACACCCGCCAUAGCUGCUCCAGCUAUUUCUUACGCUGCACCAGCUUACAGCCACGCCAUCGCUGCUUCUCCAAUCUCCUACUCUGCUCCAGCUUACAACUACGGAAUUCCCUCUCUCAGGACUUCCUUGACAUACGGAACUCCAGCUUUGAGGGCUUACUCUGGAAGCUUGGCUGCUCCAGCCUUGUCCUACGCUGCUCCUGCCUUGUCUUAUGCUGCUCCAGCCCUUUCCUAUGCAUAUGCUGCCCCUGCUAUCUCAUACGCCGCCCCAGCUGUAGCUGCCGUUCAUGCCGCUCCAGUAGCCAUCGCUAAGACCCUUCCAGCAGCCACUUCUUACUCUUACACCAACAGAAUUUCCCAAUCUGCAUAUGCUGCCCCAGUUGCCACCUACGCUGCUGCUGCUCCAGUAAUCAAAUCUUAUGCUACCUCCUAUGCCGCUGCUCCAGCAAUCUCAUACUCUGCUCCAGUAACCAGCUAUUCUGCUAUCCAAGCUGCCCCAGUUGCCACCUACGCCGCCGCUGCUCCAGUUGUUAGGGCCCAAGGUGUAUCAGUCCACCCAUCUUCAGCUCUCUCCUAUGCUGCUCCAGUAGCUGCUGUACAUGCUGCCCCAGCACUCACCUCCUACGCUGCUCCAGCUAUCACAUCCUACGCUGCCCCAGCUAUCACAUCCUAUGCUGCUCCAGCUAUCACCUCCUACGCUGCCCCAUCUUUCACCUCCUACGCUUCCCCAGCUAUCACUUCCUAUGCUGCUCCAGCUUUGGCUUACUCCCAGAAACUCCAUCUUUAAAUACCAGACUGGAGACAAAUAUGUGGUUCAUCAAAUUGAUGACCGUGAUACCUAAUUAUUUUCUUUAUGUAAAUAAAUUAAAAUAAAUUAAUAAACAGUA